AUGUCGAUUGCACGUGGAGCCUUAAUAGUUUUCGAAGGAUGCGAUCGAGCAGGGAAAUCUACUCAAGUAAAAAUGUUAAUCGAGGCACUGAAUAAACAAAACAUUCCUGCAGAAGCUCGAGCUUUUCCUGAAAGAAAAACUCCUAUUGGAUCAAUAAUUAAUGAUUUUUUGGCUAAAAAGAAAGAUUUAUCUCUGGAAGCAAUGCAUUUAUUAUUCUGUGCAAAUCGGUGGGAAUGCAAAGAAGAUAUUUUAAAAACAUUACACAGUGGAACCACCCUUAUUGUUGACAGGUAUGCAGGUUCAGGAGCUGCUUAUACAGCAGCCACAACUGGGAAAAAUUUAGCUUGGUGUAAAGAACCCGAUAAAGGAUUACCUUGUCCAGAUAUGGUUAUUUUACUGAAGAUUUCUGAAACAUCUCAACGUUUACGUAGUAACUGGGGAGAAGAACGUUUUGAGACCAGUAAACUUCAACGACUUGUAGCUUCAAACUAUGAGAAAUUGCAGGAGAAAACAUGGAGCAUUAUAGAUGCAGAUCAGGAACAAUCGGUGAUACAUUCCCAGAUCUUAGAAAAGGUUUUAGUUACCGUACAAACUGUUCAGAAUUCCACUAUUGGUUGUUUAUACGACACUAAUACAUAA